AUGUCCCGCGUCAUCGCUUUGCCCGGCCUCAUCGCCUUGUCCGAUACCAUCGCCUUGAUCAGUGUCAUCGCCAUGUCCAGCGUCAUCACCUUGUACGACGGCGGCGCCUUGUCCCUCAUCGGAGGCGCUACUCCCUUCCACACCGCCGCCAUUCGCCGCCUCUGGCACAGCAGGCGAGUUACCCGGAGCCCCGUCGGGAUUUCCCCUCGUCAAUGGGUAUAA